AUGUCUGCCUAUUACAUUCCACAUCACGCAGUGAUAAAGGAAGAUAGCGAAACUACAAAACUGAAGGUAGUUUUUAAUGCCUCGUGUAAAACGACAUCUGGCCAAUCGAUUAACGAAUUCUUCAUAACUGGACUGGAAAUUUACAGCAAGACCUAUUUGACAUCAUCAUUCGUAUGCGUCAGCACAAUCACCUAUGGUAUGUCCAACUUUUUAUUUAUGGCUAUUAGAUGUCUCCAAGAAACAGCACAUCAAUCCAGGAAGGAUUAUCCUCGUACAAGCGAAACCAUAUUAAAGGAAACCAUAUUUUAUGUAGACAACUUGCUAACUGGAGCCAAUUUAAUCAAAGAAUUAGAAGAAUUAAAACACGAUGUCACUAGCAUACUAUUUAGCGCCAAAUUCAAACUUACCAAAUGGAAGUCAAACGCUCCUGAAAUAAUUGAUCUAAGUAUCGAUGAAGCAACAGUAAAACUUGGUCAAACAACGAAAAUUCUUAACCUUUGGUGGAACACGACAACAGACAUAUUCCAUUAUCGCGUCAAGUUAAACAAUGACAAAGAAAAGGUCACGAAGCGUAACAUGUUAGCAAAAACAGCUGAAAUCUACGAUCCCCUUGGAUGGAUAAGUCCAACAAUAGUUCAAGCCAAAAUUAUUUUGCAUCUCUGGUUGAUAAACAAGGACUGGGAUGAAGAUAUCACUGGAGAGACAUACACAAUGUGGUCCAAAUGGAGAGCGCAGAUUUCACUGUUCGAAAGCAUCCUUAUUCCAAGAAGAAUCCUAUGCGAUAAUCCAACGAGGAUAGAAAUGCAUGACUUUUGCAGCAUACAGGCCAUUUAA